GAAGGGCCUCGCUUGGCCGCUGGUCACUGCCAGCCGCGACCGGCAGCGCUACGCGGCCGUCGCCGGGCUCGAGGUGCAUGUGCGGAGCUCCGCAACGCACGAGACGACGCUGACGCUGAGGGUGCCUGGCCAGGGCGCCGCCUAUGUCUCCAGCCUGGAGUUCAGCCCAGACGGCCGGCACUUGGCCGCUGUUGUGGACAAUGUCUGUACGGUCUACGACAUGGAGGGCAAUCUCGUGCUCACGGUGGAAGGGGAGAAGCUCAAAAUGUCAGCAUGCUGGUACGAUGCGGACACUUUGCUCUCCCUCAACGAGUGGGUCAUCUACUACCACACCCUGAGCUCGAAGGAGCUGGUAAACAAGUGGGAACUGCCCCAGGGCACCGUUGCCGAAGCGCAUGUGAGCAAAGACAAGAAGCUCUUGGUCUCUGACGACAAUGCCAAACUGAAGCUGCUGGCAUGGGAGCCGGACAUGAAGGCCUUCGAGACCUUGCAGACGUUUGAUGCUCCACCGGGGAACUACAGCGGCCCCAGCAACCUCAUCGUGUUCUCCGACGAGCGGUCGGUGCUUUACGAGCCGGGUGGCGGAGGUAACUUCCGCUAUCAUAACCUCGAGACGGGCGAGAUCAUCACCGUGCCUCGUGGAGAGGGCCCGGAAGAGGGCCUCCCCUCU